GUUUGGUCGAUAAAGGACCUCGAACAAAAAGCUCCAAAUCAUUCUCGUGCUGGAAGGUGCCGUACGUGGAUUUUGUCACCCGUGAUUACGUUUGGCCAUUUGAGCAUGGGAGAACCUGAAGCCCCGUUUUUCAACCGUUAUCUGUCUAUUCUUGACAUUUUCAGCCCUGCAAGUGUUCCCGUAAGACACACAGCCAAUUCUUGCACCAUGAUUCUGCUACCUUAUUAUUUCUUUAAGAAACUCCUCCAUUUUCCCACGACCGAAAAUGGGUCUUUCGCCGUUUCUCAUAUUGUGGUACGUUUGGUUAUCCUCAGUCUCGCCCCGGCCUUCAACAGCAGCAACAGUUUCGGACCGCUUGACGCAGAACCAGGUGCUUGAAGAUGGGCAAACAUUGGUCUCCUCUGGGCAGCGCUUUGAGCUCGGUUUCUUUAACCGAGGCAAUUCUAGCCACAGGUACUUGGGCAUUUGGUACAAGAAUAUCACUCUCACCGUAGUCUGGGUCGCCAACAGAAACAAGGUUAUCAGUGGCCAAUCAGGGUCACUGUCAAUGGGUUCAAAUGGAUUCUCACUUUUGCUUAAUAAUUCGGAGAAAAUUUGGUCUGUAAAUGCCACCAGGGUGUUAGAGAGCCCCAUUUUGCAGCUCUUGGACAAUGGCAAUCUUGUUUUGAAAGAGGAAAACAAUCCUGAUCUGGAAGGGUAUGUCUGGCAAAGUUUCGAUAAUAUAACCGACACCUUGUUGCCAGGUAUGAAGCUUGGUUGGAACCUUAAAACCGGCCUGUACCGGAAUAUGACAUCAUGGUUAUCAGCUGAGGACCCAUCUGCCGGAGACUACACUUUUAGCCUAGACUCCCCUGAGACACCUCAGCUGGUGCUCAGCAAAGGGACCCAGAAGCAGUACAGGUGGGGUCCGUGGGAUGGAGUCAGGUUCAGUGGCAGCAAUGAGCUGAGGUCCAACCCUGUGUUUAUACCCAUUUUCAAUUCAAGCCGUGAAGAAGUUUAUUAUACAUUCGAGGUGAUAGACCAGGAGUCAACCUUGUCAAGGUUUGUGGUGACUCAGCACGGCUGGAUUCAGUACCUAACAUGGAGUAAGAGUAGCAAUGAGUGGGUUACGAUGGUGACUCUUCAGAGGGACAGUUGUGAUAGGUAUGGGACAUGUGGGCCCUAUGGGAAUUGUUACAGUGAUGGCCCGAAAUGCAAUUGUUUGAAAGGUUUUACGCCGAAGUCGCCGGAGGACUGGUCGAGGAUUAUUUGGUCAGGAGGGUGUGUGAGGAGGUGGGAGUUAGAAUGUGAAAAUGGAGAUGGCUUCGUCAAGUAUGGAGGAAUGAAGUUGCCUGAUCAUUCGCAUUUGGUGGAGAGUAGGAAUUUGAGCCUUGAGGUUUGUGAGGUUGAGUGUUUGAGGAAUUGUUCGUGUAUGGCAUUUACUCUGAUAGAUAUCCAUGGAAAUGGGGGAGACUGUGUGAUGUGGUUUGGUGAUUUGGUUGAUAUGAAACAUUUUCCCAGUGGUGGGGAUGAUCUCUAUAUACGAAUGGCGAGAAACGAACUAGAGUCAAUUGCUGAUGCCAGGAGGAAUAAACGAGUAAGGGUGAUUGUCACUAUUGUCAUAUGUGUGGCUACUGGGAUGCUUCUAUGUGGUGUCGCUAGCUGGUGUGCUUUUCGAAUAAGAAAAGCAAAGAGAAGAGCUGCAAGCUUAAACCAUCCCCGUAGAUAUUUAAUGGAAGAAACUCAGGAGGAAGACCUUGAGCUUCCUCUUUUUAAUCUGAAGACUGUUUCGGCUGCUACUGACGAGUUCUCUUUUAGAAAUAAGAUCGGACAGGGUGGCUUUGGUCCUGUCUACAAGGGUGUAUUACUGAGCAAACAAGAAAUUGCAGUUAAGAGGCUCUCUCGGGACUUGGGGCAAGGUCUUAGAGAGUUUAAGAAUGAAGUUAUUUUGGUUUCAAAGCUUCAACACCGUAAUCUUGUCAAGCUUUUGGGAUGCUGCAUUCAUGGAGAUGAAAGGAUGCUAAUCUAUGAGUACCUUCCCAACAAAAGCUUGGACUACUUUCUCUUCGAUCAGACUAGAAAGAAAUUACUGGCUUGGAAGAAGCGCUUUGGCAUUAUUUUGGGGAUAGCACGAGGACUCCUUUAUCUCCAUCAAGAUUCCAGGCUAAGAAUCAUCCAUAGGGAUCUCAAAGCAAGCAACAUCUUACUAGAUAGUGAGAUGAACCCCAAAAUCUCCGAUUUUGGACUUGCAAGAAUUUUUGGAGCAGACCAGACACAAGAGAUGACCAAGAGAGUAAUGGGAACAUACGGUUACAUGUCACCAGAAUAUGCAAUGAGUGGACACUUUUCAGUGAAAUCAGAUGUAUUUAGCUUUGGUGUGUUAAUGUUGGAGGUGAUAAGCGGAAAGAAAAACUGGGGAUUUUGGCACCCUGACCAUGACCUCAACUUGAUUGGACAUGCAUGGAAAUUGUGGAUUGAAGGGAAUCCAUUGGAACUCAUGGAUGCACUGAUGGACGACUCAUAUUCUGUGGAUGAAGUUGUAAGAUAUAUCCAAGUGGGUCUUUUGUGUGUACAGCAACGGGUGGAAGACAGGCCAACUAUGUCAUCGGUGUUAUUAAUGUUGGCAAAUGAGAAUGCAAUGGUGCCUCAACCCAAGGAACCUGGUUUUUACACUGAAGUUUCUUCUAUGGGAAUGGAUACAUCAUCGAGUGGGAAAAGUCGUCAUACUACUACGAAUGAGGUAUCUGUUACAAUGUUUGAUGGAGGAUAGAUGUUUUGGUUGUGAUAUUUAAAAAUCUUAUAGAGUUUGUAUAAAUUGUACAGUUCUCCACACAGGAAUUAAAUUAAACUACAACAUAAUUUCCAGAAUUUAUGAACGACAAGACAGAAGGUUCACAGGUAUGAAAAAUAUGUUUCACAUCUCACAAGUUUUGGUUCCUCAUCUAUUG